CGUGUCGCGAAGAUGAACGGCGUGAUGACGUAGAUACCUAAACAGGAAGCUUAAACAGCAGCACGCUUUAUUUUUCCCCACAUGAGCACGAGAGCCGCUGUCGUCAGCACCUGAGAACAAAUGCCGGUAAAGAUUUGAUUUAAACUUAGAGAUAAAACCUUCUGUAUGAUCGCAGAUGUCGCUUCCGUACUAACGCCUGUUUUCAGCUCGUGACGGAAACACAGGACGACUGAGCCGCCACGAUGGCAGCAGGCCGGCUGAGCUUCAGCAACAUCACCGCCCUGGCUCCCAUGGUGCGGGUGGGGACUCUGCCCAUGAGGCUGCUCGCUCUGGACUACGGAGCUGAUGUGGUUUACUGUGAGGAGCUGAUUGACAUCAAAAUGGCCCAGUGUCAGAGAGUGGUAAACGAGGUGCUGGAGACGGUGGAUUUCGUCGCUCCGGAUGACCGGGUGAUGUUCAGGACCUGUGAGAGGGAGAAGGGCAACGUCGUCUUCCAGAUGGGAACCGCUGACCCGGACAGAGCGUUGGCUGUGGCCCGACUCGUGGAAAAGGAUGUGGCUGCUGUCGACGUGAACAUGGGCUGUCCAAAGGAAUAUUCCACUAAGGGCGGGAUGGGAGCUGCUCUCCUGUCGGAUCCUGACAAGAUCGAAGCGAUCCUGAGGACGCUCGUGACAGGAGUUUCCAUCCCGGUGACGUGUAAAAUCCGAAUCCUGCCCUCACUGGAGGAAACCAUCAGUCUGGUCCGGAGGAUCGAGAAGACGGGCGCCGCUGCGGUCGCCGUUCACGGCAGGUUUAAGGAGGAGCGUCCCAGACAUCCUGUCCACUGUGAUUACAUUCAGGCCGUCGCUCAGGCCGUCUCCAUCCCCGUCAUCGCAAACGGAGGCUCUCUGGAUCAUGUGAAGACCAACGCUGACAUAGAGGAGUUCAGAAAGGUGACGGGCGCCUCAUCGGUGAUGCUGGCCCGCGCCGCCAUGUGGAACGCAUCAGUGUUCCGCAGCCAGGGAGCGCUUCCUUUGGAGAAGAUCAUGGAGGACUACCUCAAAUACGCGAUUCGAUACGACAACAACGCCUUCAACACAAAGUACUGUCUGUGUCAGAUGCUCAGAGACAAGGUGGAGUCUCCUCUGGGGAAGCAGGUGCAGGCGGCGCAGACCAACGCUGAGAUCAGCGAGGCGUACGGGCUGCAGGAGUUUUAUCGGCAGACUCAGGAGCAGCUGCAGGCUCGGAGGGACGCCCUGCAGAGCGGCAGCCAGCCGGAGCGACCCGUCACAGACGGAGACGUCACCACCAUGGCCGUCAAGUUUGAACGGAGAGAGUAUCCUCCUCAAAUCACUCCGAAGAUGUUCCUGCUCGAGUGGAGCCGUAAGGAGAAACUGGAGCAGCCGCAGUACGAGACGGUGCAGCGUGCUCAGGACCGAGCCUUUCAGUCCACAGUGACCGUUGCGCAGAAGAAGUACAGAUCUUCACUGUGGGAGAAGUCAAAGAAGUUUGCAGAGCAAGCGGCCGCCAUCGUCUGCCUGCGAGUUCUGGGAGUACCGGAGGGACGGAUCGGUGAGGAAGACUCCGGCCUAGUCUGCAAAAGGAAGAGGGAGGGGAAGGUAAACGGCGCUGCAGAGGAAGAGAGGAGUAGGAAACGGCACAUAAGCGACGUCCUGCAGGAAACCUCAGAGGUCGCUGUGGUAACGAACGGUGACAGUCACAAAGAGGCUCCGCCUCCGAGUCAGCGGGAGAGCCUGUGAGGAGUUUAACAGUCUGGGAACGACCUGCAUGAUCAGACAUUUAACCCAGAAAUGAACUCUGAGUUUGUGCUCACAGUUUUGUUUUUUUUAAUUAUUCAUCACUUCAUCUGAUUUAAACCCAAAGUAAAUAUUUUUUUAAACCCAGCACGGCUGACAUUCAGACGUCUCACAGCUCAGGUCUGAUCGUUUAGUCCCGUUAACCGUGCCGCUGAUCCGUGUCUGUCUGUGGAUGUCUGCACGUAGAUGCGCGAGGAGGGGAGCCACGCCUCCUAAUGCACGUAGGUCUGCACGUGUUUAUAACCCAUCAGAACUCACUGAGUUUUAUAUGAAACGUCUCGCAUGUGGAGUAGCCAUGACAUGGUGUCCUACCUGCAGAACAGACAGUAUCCAGUGUGAGAGCCUGAUAGCCUUCUCUUUGAUAAGAGAGGAUUAAAUAAAAUAAACACAGACCUCCUCCAGCUCUCUUCUGGGGUGCAGGGGAAGGCUUGAUCUCUCCAGGAUGGGUCUCUUCGUGGGUCCAGAGCACCUCACCUCCCAGGAGGAGGAGUACUCUGUCUCUGAGGGAGAGCCCCGCCCCCUUCAGAGGAAGCUCAUUUCAUUUAGUAACCCUGAUCUCUCCCGGCCGCAGGUGAAGGUAACAACAACAACAAUCAGCAGCUUCACCGUUAGUUUCAUCACUGCAGCAGCAGCUCAUCUCCGGCCCGGGUCCUUCAAAUUUACAGACAAACGGCUGUUGGAUAAAGGAAAGCUGGUACAAACAUCGAGCUCCUGAGUACAUGUGAGGCUUUAAUGAAAACCCUCACCAGAGGUGCCAGACGAGCAUUUCACACACGCGUCCUGCAGCAGGUGAACGACGGUUUUAGGGCUUGGCCUAAAAAAACUGAGCCAGAUCCUGGAAUAAAUACAAUCCUGUGGCUGCUCUUUAGUCAGUCCUGUCAGUCUGGUAUGAGCUGAGAGUGGACGCCGCUGUGCAGCUGGAGCAUCAGAGGGUCUGCCUGUAGACAUCUCGGUGCUGGACAGGUGAAAGAAGAGGGCGCUGCUCAACUUUUCCAUUCAAAGUUGAAUCUUUAGGGCGUUGCAGAAAGCCGUUUAAACACCCGGUGCCUUACUUUCUUUGAUCGUGAUUUGUGGAAGAGCCUCAAACUCACCGUGUGCUGAUGGAGAAAACGUAUGUGAUUUUAUGUGGCUUGUAGACUGACUGCCACACUUGGUGAACUAGUUUUGAUCUCAUGGUCUUAUUUGUUUUAAGGUAUGAAAUCUGCCAAAUGAUGUCACGUUUUAUGUUCAUGCCAAAGGAACAACCUGUGCUUUUCUUUGUCUGCAAGUUGAAUUAAAGCAUGUGCAGCCUGGUGGAUCUGUCCUCACAGAGCUGAGCUGUUCAUAAUGA